CAUAAAUCGAAGCGCUGCUGCGGCACGUGAUCCGUCGAUGUCACGUGACCAGCUCAAAGGUGGAGACGCUUCUUCCUGAUCGAAAGGUUGAGUUUGGAAUUUUUUUGGAAGGGGGGUAUGCCGUACGUAAGGCAGGAGGAGCAGUAUUAAUAAUAGCAGCAGCAGCUGCAUAUAUAGAGAGAGAGAGAGAGAGAGAGAGAGAGUAGCUGCAGUUUUGUGUGCAUUUACUUCAGGAUAAAGCUCCCUUGGAGCUAGUGGCGCUUACUUCCGAGUAGGCAUCCGUUGGGUCAGGCUGUGAGAGAAAAAAGGGAGGGAAGGGGAGAGGAGAGGAGGAUGGGGAGGUGUUGCGGCUGGUUCUGCAAGGGGGUCGCACCUUUGCUUGAGCUGGGGUGGCAACGCAUCCAGUUUAAAGACUCCUGCAUUUUAUGGGGCUGGACUAGAUGACCCUUGGGUUCCUUUCCAACUGCACAGUUCUCUGAUUCUAUGAAGUGGGGUGUAUGUAUGUGUGUGUGUGUUGACGUUUCCUAUCUGCAUUUAGCACCUGGAGUACACACUGAGCAGCCACACAGGUAGCCUGGCCACAGUCUUUCUCGCUAUUAUUAUUAUUAUUACUAUUAUUAUUAAUAAUAUUAUUUCAUCAGUUGCUUUAUCAUGCCCAAGGCAACCCAGAUCAACUUAAAACUAUUUAAGUGAGACAUUUGGUAUCUCACCGCUGCGGUGAGAUGCAUUUCCAUUUAAGUUACAGUAGGCUUUUAUAAGCAAACAGUUUAAUAGAUAUAAAUUAGCAAAUGCUACACAAAUCUUGUUUGUGGUGGUGUGUUAAAAGUAACAACCCUGGGGUAACCCGUGUGAGAGGAUUGGGUAAUGGUAUGCUAUCGGGCUGCUGGCAUUGUGAGUGUGGAGGAAGUUUCUGGGCGAACUUCCAGGAGCCAUAUUUCCAUGGUGGGCAGAGUGAAAGUGAGAGGCAUAAACAGAGUUUGAGGACACCUUCCAGCUGGACAAAAGGAAGAUGCGAAGCUGUGGUGUGAGAGGCUUGCCUCCCAGGUCUGAGGUUUCUCACCUCUGUCUCCAACAGUGAUUAGACAGCUGUCCCUGAGAAGAUGACAAAGAGGGGAUGAUGGAGGGAGCCACCCAUCUUAUGUUAUCUCAUCUGUCAGUACAUAGAUGGAACUGGUCUCUGGACAUGGAGGAUUUGUGAAGCAGUUCCCUCAUUUUUUGUAUAGCCCCCCCUCAUCAACCUCCCACAUCAACAGCACUGUCUGUACAUCCUAUUCUUAAUUACUGCUCCAUAAUAGGAUAUAAUCAAUUGGGGUUAUCCUGGUAGGUUUAUCUCCGUCACAAAUUCUCAAAAUUGAAGUUGCUUUUGUUUCUUUAGGUAAUGCAAAAAUGACUACCCGGAGGUACAAAACUGUUGUUCAGGGAGAAGCCUCAGAGACUGAUUCAGAGGAAGAGGUUUAUCUGUCCUCCGUACCCCAGGCUUCAUGUCCUAACCUUUCCGGCGUAAAAAUUGCUGGGGAGGCCUCUGAAACAGAUGAGGAGGAAGAUGCAAGCCCCUGUAGUCCGAAAGCAGAGCCUAAAUUGAUCGGCACAGACUUGCCUCCGCUGAUUGUUUUCAGGAAUGAGGAUCUGGGGUCCCCCACAGCGGUUGAAGAGAAGCCUGCCCUUCGUAUCAGACAUCGCGGCCGCUACAGCACUUUGCUACAGCAGAAGCUGAUCGAGAGUAAUGCCCGCUUGUACUACGAUGUCAGCAGCACCGUCAAGCAAGUGUACCAGACUGCUAUCAAGGAGAUUGGGGCCAUAACUGGACAGCUCAGUAACUCCCAAAACGGCAUCAUUAGCGCAUCACACAACAUCCGGCUUGUCCUGGAGGACUUGCGUGCUGUUGCAGAAAAGAUAGACAUCAUCACCAGCUGCAACCUGCUGCCUGAUAUCCAGAUAGAGCUACCUCCAGUAAACACCUAGCUGGUUCUAGAACAAUAGCUAGCCAAUUAACUGCUUUUUGCAGGCAGUUAAAGGUGUUGAGAGAGAGAGACUGCUGCAACCCUGGCCAUAAGGUGCAAUAAGAAACUGGAAUAGAAGCUUUUGACUCAAAACUUUUGAUGCCUAGUGUUUCAAUCACACUUGUAUAUCCUGUAAUAAUCUUGCCUAAAUAGUCCAGCACGGUAGAGUCAAAGAAAAUUAAACUGCUCUUGAUAAAUCUUUUGUUGCGCUUCAAGGUAUAUUGAAUUUUUAAAGCUAAUGCUUACCAUAUUUAUAUUCACACCAGCAUCUUAAAAGCUUCCAUUUCAUGUAAAGAAAAAACCUAGUCUGUCUGUCCACACAUACCUCUGUUCAUCUGUGACAUGUGAAUAAUCUGAGAAAGAGCGGGAAAGCCUGCCCACUUACAGACAUAUUUAAUGUAGGUGAUUAAGCAAGUGACUAGUACAGGG